AUGUGGUGCAGGAACGGUCUUGGACGUGGAGAUCGAUUUGAACUCGUGUCUCCGCCAUUUGACAGCGUGUCGUCGGUGCGCUUUGCGCCGAAGCAUCCUGAUCACCUCCUUGUUUCUUCAUGGGACACGACGGUCCGGUUCUACGAUGUUGCGGCUAAUGAACAAAAGUGCAACUUUGAGCACAGGGCCGCCGUUUUGGCCUGCUGUUUUUCCGACGAUAGCCAUGCCUAUAGUGGAGGGCUGGAUACAUACGUCCACGAACUGGAUCUCCAAACCGAGAAAAUGACUGCACUAGGCCCUCACUCAGACGCGGUUUCCUCUAUUUGCCAUUCGCGCGAAUCCAACUCUAUAAUCACUGGAUCAUGGGAUAGAACUGUUCGGUUCUGGGAUUCUCGGGCCAGUUCAGCCCAACAGUCGUCUCACGACCUCCCAGAGCGCGUGUAUCAUAUGGACAUCGUUGACAACAUACUCGUAGUAGGCAUGGCGAGCCGAAUGUUCUGGAUCUACGACAUACGGAAGAUGGAGAUCCCCGCACAGCAGAGAGACAGCAGUCUGCGUUUCAUGACGCGCUCCUUGGCUUGUAUGAUCGAUCGACAAGGGUAUGCCACGGGCUCGACGGAGGGUCGAAUUGCGGUUGAAUACUUUGACCCGUCCCCGGAAGCACAGGAAAAGAAAUACGUGUUCAAAUGCCACCGUCAAACCAUUGACGAUGUGGAUCAUGUAUGGCCAGUCAACGCGCUCGCCUUCCAUCCCAUCUACAAUACACUCGCCUCCGCUGGGUCUGACGGUACGGUGUCAAUAUGGGACUACAAGGUGAAGAAACGACUUCGCCAAUACCCAAAGUUCGACUCUCCCAUCCCAUCCAUUCACUUCAACUCAGAUGGAAAGCGUCUCGCCAUUGGGGUUAGUUAUACUUGGGACGAAGGAGACGAAGGAGCGAAGACGGCAGAACGACCGUCGGUGUGGAUAGGAAAGGUUGGCGAUGAGACGAAGCCGAAGGCAUGGGUAGAAAAGUAA